AUGGGCGAAGGAGGCUACCGCCAAAUCAACAAGACACUGAACGUCUGCGCAUUCGAUGACUAUCUUGUCACCCAGCAAUCACGACUACCCAAACUUUUGGAUAUCGAACAGCUCAGCCCGAGGGUACUUCGAGUCCUUGGCCAGAAUGCAGGAAAGUUUACUCUACAAGGAACAAAUACCUAUAUCGUGGGCACCGGUCAGCACCGCCUUCUCGUCGACACCGCACAGGGUUACCGCGCAUGGGCCGAUUUGAUAAAUGUAAAACUUUCGGAUUUAUCUAUCUCAUUGUCCCAUGUGUUUUUAACCCACUGGCACGGGGAUCAUACCGGUGGCGUGCCUGAUCUCAUCAGGAUGUAUCCUCACCUGGUAGAUGGUAUCUACAAGAACUCGCCUGAGCAGGGCCAAAAUCCCAUCGAGGACGGUCAAAUAUUUCGAGUUGAAGGGGCGACCAUCCGCGCAAUCCACGGACCAGGUCAUUCUCAUGACCACAUGUGCUUUAUUCUAGAGGAGGAAAACGCCAUGUUCACGGGUGACAAUGUUCUUGGCCACGGCACAAGCGCCGUCGAGCAGCUGGGAACCUACAUGGAAACUCUCCGAAAGCUGCAGGCUCAAGGAUGCAAGAGGGGCUAUCCCGCCCACGGUGCCGUGAUUCCUGACCUCGAUCUCAAGAUCUCCACCGAACUGGCACAGAAAACACGUCGGGAGAAGCAGUGUCUUGCUGCGCUGGGUCGGAUCCGGGAGGAGUGCUCCACUAGACAGUUGGCGAGCGUGACAGUGAGUGAGCUUAUCGAUGUAGUCCACGGCACUCGGGUAGAUGAGGAGGUGCGCAAACUGGCAUUAGAGCCGUUUAUGGAGGAGGUUUUGAGAAAGUUGGCUGAGGAUGGGAAGGUGGCAUUCCGGGUGAGACAAGGGGCAAAGACUUGGUUUGCUCUUUCUUAA